UUGUGGCGUUCGGUCAUGGCCUGGCUUCCGAGCAGCUCGAAUGGCGCAGAUAAUGCGGACGAGCGCAGCACAACCAGCCACUCCAGCUCCUCGUCCUCAGUGAACGGCAGGCGAGAGGAGAGCAACAGCAAUGGUAAUGGCACGACUCGACAGCCGCCGGCGCUGUUGCGUCAUGCCACGCCCUAUGUGCAGCCCAAAACGGAGUCCAUCUCGGAUGGAGAUGGCGAUCUAUCGGACUUCUCGCUCAACGACACCGAGGAGGACGACGAGGAUCUGCGCGACUACAUUGUGCUCAACGGCAGCCAGGCGGAUGCAGCAAAUCGCUCCUUGUCCAACUCGCCUCGCAGCGGCAACAAUGUCUUUGGCAACGGGCAGCUGGCACCGCCGUCCAAUGGCGUUAACUGUAGCGCAAGCGGAGCAGCUGGCGCAGGCGCCGGCGGAGGCGCUGGCCUGGGACUUGGCAGUGGCCAGCUGUCCGGCGGUAUUGGCACGGGCGGUGUGCGAAAGGUGUUUACCAAUACGCGAGAGCGUUGGCGCCAGCAGAAUGUGUCGGGCGCGUUCGCCGAGCUGCGCAAACUAGUGCCCACCCAUCCGCCGGACAAGAAGCUGUCGAAGAACGAGAUUCUGCGCUCAGCCAUCAAGUAUAUCAAGCUGCUGACCGGCAUACUCGAGUGGCAGCAGUUGCAGGCACCGCAUCCGGAGGAGCCCAACAACAACGAUAAUCGCAUGGUCAAUGGCCAUGCGCCCGACGCACUGCGCCAUAUCAAGUGUGAACGCUUCGACAAGGACGCACCGCAACGGGCAAGCACGAAUGAUCUUCUCAUGAUUGCGCCGGGCGCCCAAAUUAAAACUGAGCACAGCCAACUAACCAGCUACGAGGAGCCCCACAGAAUUGGCGGCACAAGUGCUACCACGGCAACACUGACCAUGCCGGCAGCUACACCAGUAGCGCCGUCGCCGGCCGUGAUUGUGUCAGCUAGUGCAGGUGCGUCUGCCUCUGUGGCGGGCACUCUCAAGCCUGCCACAGCCAGCAGAGCAAGCAACAAGCGACGCCUCAAGCCAGCAACAGAGCCUCCAAGCACCGACCUAAGUCACAGCUCGAACCCCAACCCGAAUCAGAGUUCGAAUCAGACCCAAAGCCAGAGCCAGAACCUAAGUAAGCGCCGCAAACCCUAACCUGUGGAUGGCAAUGCGAACAUCACAAUAUGGAAUUGGGUAGACUUUUAAAAUUAUCUUAUGUAAAUUAGUUGAAUAUAUAUUUGAAUUCCAAAUUAGUAA